CGCGCAGCAGAAAUGCUGCGGAUCUUGAUCGGACUUCUUGUCCGCGCCGCUGGAAGCUGGAAGCGUCUUCUCGCUCUUGGGGACAGAUCGGCGGUGGUUGUCGCGCUGUUAUGGCCGUUUCUGUGCGCUGUUUGGGGCUCGGCACACUGGCUGCAGUCCUCCUGCAGACCGUCGCGAUUGUCGUCAGUUUUUUGUACUUCAACAAAGUCCUGAACACGAUGCAGGAGAGUUUCUCUCGGAGCAGCGUGUCUUGUCUGAUGAACACAAAUUUGCAUUCCGGGUUCACAGAUGCGUCAACAGAGGACAAGAAGAGCGACCCCUGCUGGCAAGUCACACAGCAGCUCCGAUACCACAUUGAAAAGAUGAUGACUGAUGGACUGCAGAAGGAGAUAACUGCUGCAAUGAGAAAGAAGCUAACGGGUGUGCUGCCUAUCCUGAAGCCUGGGGUCAUUCUUCCGAAAGUCGCUGCUCAUGUGACCGGUGUGGUCUCCUCUAAAAAGCCUCCGGCGCCAGAUGGCUCAUGGGGCAGCAGGGGCUACCUGGGGGAGCACAUCAGGUCAUGGGAUGGCCAGAGAGGACUGUCCUUCCUGCAGAACAUGGAGCUGAAGGGAGGAGAACUGCUGGUACCCAGGGCCGGUCUUUAUUACAUCUACGCCCAGACCUACUUCAGACUGCCCUCUACAGGGGACACUGAGGGGGAAUCCAAGGAGGAGGACGAGGCACAGCUCAUCCAGUACAUCUACAAAAAGAUGAGUUCCUACACCAGACCCAUCCUGCUGAUGAAGUCCUCCCGCAGUGCCUGCUGGCCUCGUGGUCAGGAACCCGGCCUCUUCUCCCUGCAUCAGGCCGGCACCGCCUACCUGCAGCCUGCAGACCGCCUCUUCAUCACCGUCAGCAACGCCAGCGCCAUGGAGAUGGACGGGAGGGCCAGCUACUUUGGUGCCUUCCUGGUGGGCUAAAGAACCCAGAAAUGGCGGGAAACAGAUGUAAAGGUUGCAGGUUUGCCAGGUGAUGCGAGCAGCAGCUGUCUACUGGGGCGGCACUGUAAGGAGUGAGAAGCGCUGCUUCUUCAGGUUCAUGGAGCUGCGUACUGUGUGAUGAACAACGGGAGGUGUCGCACACAGUGCAUUUACACUAAACACAGAUUUGAGUGUGUGUUGCACAAACCAUGACUGUGGUGCAUUCAGGGCGCAGGACAUUUUAAAGGUUGUGUGAAUGACUUCUAUUGAGUUAUAAAAUCAGCUGUUUUCCAGCUGACUGAAAGAGUUCUGAUAUUUUCCUUCUUGUGUUCUGAGAUUUUUAUGGGCACUAGUUUUGACCUUUACUAAUGCUGGGUAAGUUUAUUUCUGCGUGGAUCCUGUAUUUAAUUUAUGAACGCUGUAGAUUUCAGGCCUCAGAGUGCUGUGUGUGUUUCCGAUAUUAAAAAAAUUGAUGUGGAAAGUAAAGUAAUGCAUCGCAUGUAAACAACAUGAGGUUGAGCCUUCAAAGGGCUCAUUUUGAACAACCCUAAAUCAGAGAAAGUCACUGAAUAUGUCUUGGAUAUCAUUUAUUAAGAAAUACAAACAGUAUGUUAGAUCUGUAUCAGACAGUUCUCAAAAGCUGACCAUGCUGGAAGACUAGUGAGGGAAGCCACCGAGACACCUAUGUAGGCAUUAGAUGCUUCUGUAGAUGUGAGUGGAGAAACUGGUGGGAAUGGUGUAGCAUUUGCCUGUUGUGUGUACAUUCACAGCUUUGUAUCAGAGUUGAGUAGGAUUUAAAAAAACAGGAAAACACAUCAAAUCUGAGCUCAGCUUUCCCAUGCGGCAAACUGCAGCUGAAAUUUCAUGUUCUUUUUAAUAAAAUCCUCCUCUAUAUCAUGUGGUUAGUAGUGCGCUUGGUUUCAGUGUGGAAGGUUCCCAUUUCAAACCCCCACCCUGCCCACUUCUCCAUAUAAUCUGGAGUUACGUCAGGAAGGGCAUCCACCGUAAAAUUUGUGCAAAAUCAACAUUGCGGAUCCACCUCGGAUCUGCUGUGGCGACCCCGAAAACAAGGGAGCAGCUGAAAGGACCUACUUUUACUCCUCUAUAUCACAUCAUAAUAAAGCUGAUGUAACAGACCAAAGUUGCACUUUGCAGUUUCUCCAACCACAGAAGCCUAUAACUCCUUCGUAGUUGUCUGGGUGCCUUAGUGGCUUCCCUCACAAUUCUCCUUCCAGAAUGGUCCCUCAGUUUUUGAGAAUUGUCUACGUGUCACAGAUUUACUGUUUGUAUUUUUUUAACUGAAUGGUGUGAAUGAAGUCCAAGACAUAUUAAGUGGAUGUAAAGGUGAUGAUUUAACCCUUAUAUUAAGUAUAAAUUGCCCUGCAGGGGUGGUGGCCAACUGGUUAGUGUGCUUGGUUUCAAUGCAGAUGCACAAGGUUCCUGGUUCAGACCCCACCCCUGCCCACUUCUCCAUGUAAUGUGGGCAUCCGGUGUAAAACUUGUGCCAAUUCAACAUGCAGAAGCACUUUGGAUCUGCUGUGGACAAGAGCGCAGCUGAAGGGACUUACUAUCACGUAUACGUUGCCCCCGUCCCACAUUUUUGUUUUGUUUUUUUGGAAUGUUUUACAGCUUUAAAUGCAUGAAUUAAUGUAUAUCAAGAAGUGAAAUGAAAUUGACCAAUCAAAACAUCAAAUAUCUUGCAUUCAUACAGUCUGAAAUUAAGUAGAAGUCAAAGUAAAUGUAAGGACUUUUUCUUUCUUUCACUUUUUUUUUUCUUGUCUUUUUCUUUUCCUGAUUUGGGGUUGUAAAACUUUGAGCAAGCCAACCAACCAAGUGUCUUCAGAACUGAUAUUAAAAAUUGUAAACAAAAAAAUAUGACAAAUAAAAAGGCAAAUAAAUGUAACAAAUAAAAAUUUUAUGAAUUUUAUAGACAUAAACUUUCUGUAAUUUUGCCUCUUUACAGCACCACAAUGGAACUGAAAUGAAACCAUCAAGGGGUUCUGUCUGGUCGUGUCGAUUUCAAUUUUCAUUGCAGGGGGUUUGGGGAAAAAAAAAAAAAAUGACAUUGCUGGUUUGCCAGAAAGCACAUGGAAGACUGAAGGCCAGAUUUGAUGUUUCUUCUAUGAAAAUCCUUCUGUUCCUCUCCACCAUGAAGCUGUAACUGGUGACGCAGCAGACAGAAGUUUCAUUAUGUAGCUCCUCCAAUCACAACCACCUGGAACUCCAUCGUUGUCAUGGAUAUGUUACUUUAUUCAUACUUUAUGAUUACCAUGAAGUCCAUAUGAUGUUUUUAAUCUUCUUCUUAUUCUUUACUGUACUAUGCUGGCACUAGUUUCCUUCUCGUAGUCACUCAUUUUUUGAGUACCGUUUACUCCAGAUAGUUUUACUAUACAGUUCAAGACAUGUUCAUGUAUACAUGGCUGUAAAAGUGGUUUGUAUUGAUAAAUAACCCUUAUAUUUAGCUGGUUCAUUUAUUUAUAGGCUGCAAAAAUGGAGGGAUUGUGUACGCAAAUGGCCAUAAUUCUUAAAGGAUUGAUGGAAUAUAUAAGAAUAUUUGAAACAUUUAAAGUUUAUAUGUACGAUACAAUAUACUUUAUUAUCCCCAAAAGGGAAAUUCAUCUUGGACUCAUAUACUGCAUACAAUAUGCAUGUAGUGUAAUGAGUCCAGUAAAUAUACAAGUUUCACUUCCUGAAACGGACAAAAAAUAUAAUUUUUUUUCUACAAAAUUCUAUUUUCUUUAAGCACCUGUUCCAACAAAACAUUGAAAACUCUCACUGCUCAACUACUUAUGGACCUGAUAGUAACCCUUAAACAGAUUUGAAAUACAUUUUGCACAAUAUGACCCCUUUAACAACAUGGUAUCUGAACAUGUUAGAAUAGAACUCGGCGAUACUCUUACACAAAAAGACAAACAACUGAAAAAGUAAAAAACUAUCAUUUAAUUCAUGUUGUAUUACAUGACUCCAUAUUAUGGCAGUGAACAAGUCACUCUUCAAAAACAUAUUGGAACAAACAUUGGGAAAAAAAAACAAAAAAACCUAAUCAUCAUCAGGGUUCAAGUAAUCCAAUCCCCCACCCCUGAAAACAAAAAAACAAGAAAGACACACAGACGAGAGAUCCUAAUUGCUUAUCAUACUGCAAUCCACCCGCUUCUUCCUGGUCUAUAAAAGGACAACCAUGGUGUUUGUGGGACAUCCUCAAUCUCCUACGAUUCCUUUUUGGUCACAUGACUUAGACUGACAAA